UAUUGCAAAAUCUCACGUGCCUCUCAAGCAAACGAAACAGUACCUAACGGGCGACGCGAGAAUUGUAUUCUCCUGAUCCUCAUUUCUCAAUCUGCAGUUCAAAUCUGGUUUGCUUUUCUGGAGAUUACAUGCAUGUUGGUCCAAGAAUUACACCGAACUUCUCUGAAAGUUAUGUUUUAGUCUCUACAUUCAGAAAUUAGGAGACGAGCUCACAGUUUUCCUCGAGUUUCAUCUGUUAGUGGAAUUAGGGUUCUUCUAUCUACAUGCAGUUCAUACGGUAGAGUAGUUGGAAGUAUGGUAAAGGAUACUCGAUCUAGUGUCAGAGCAAAGAAUGAGGAAAACAACAAUCCAAAAGGGAAACAAAAUGGUGACAAGGCUACGACAAGGGCGGGUUCUUCUACGCCAGAUACAUCUGCUUUAAGAAGGUCUGCAAGAGAGACAUCAUGGAAAAAGAAGAUUGUUUCAACCCCUUCCAGUUCUAGAAAAUCUGAGCGACUUGAGAAGCAACCACCCAGCACUCCUUGUGAUAAAAAGAAACGUGGUACCAUUGAAGAUCAAGACAGGCUUAAUUUACUUAGGAGAUCUCAGAGGGGUAAAAAUCAGUCUUCAUCUACCUCUUCAGGAUCGGGAUCUAAGAAAUCAGAUAAAAGCUCCGGUUCACCAAAUAUUAAGCGAAAAAAAGAAAAGAAGGAGAAAAGUAUUAAACAGUUGACUCUUGGAACUGGAGAGGUUGGUAACUCUGGAAAACAAGAUGAGGUUUCCGAACAUGCCAAAAGUAAAAGAAUGGAUGCUCGUGCUUACAGGGCAUUGUAUAGGGAAAAGCUUAAGAAGGCUAAUUCAUCUGGCUGUCAAGAGCGGCGGAAGAUGCCAAAGAGCGACACUCAUGGUGAUAGCAAUGGUUGCAAGGAAAACUUGAAUGGUAGCAAUAAGUUCAGUGACAAGAGUAAAGAAUUGAGUGUCAAAUGUCUAGAGGAAUCCUCAACUAGAGCUUUGGAGGACUUUGAUGAGACUAGAACUAAAAUUGCUAAGGAAGUAGUGGAAAAUGAUGUUGGAUUGGAUUUCUUUCCAGCAAGCCAGAAGUCCUCCAAGGAAGAAGAGCUGACUAGACUAUCAAAUGGAGAUGGAGGUAGUGUAGAUGCAGUUAUCUAUUCAAGUGGAAAAUUGAAAACAUCAGAGAGAACCAAUCCCAAUUCUAUACUGGGAGCAAUGCCGGCUGAUGACCAUAUUGACUCAGAUGGGGAUUGUAAAUUAAUUUCUUUGAAAAGAAAAAGAAGUGUGGACUUGGAUUCUAAUGGAUCGGCAAGGAAUGAAAGUGAAAAUAGCUGCCCUUCACCUGCUGGAGCCAUCGAAUCAUCAUCAUCUCCAUGUAGACAGAGCGAUAAAGUUGAGACAUGUGACAAAUGUUUGGAGAGACAAAGGGUAGACAAUAAUUCAAAGGACUUUUGCUCUUGCGUGGAAAUAGACAAACAGAAUGGUGAAACUUCCAUUGAUAUGGAUAGAGGGAAACACAUUGGCAAUGUCAUCUCAGACUCUGCUGGAAAUUGUGUUUGGUGUAAGCUGGAAAAAGCAUCAUCUGACAUCGACCCAAAUGCAUGCCUCAUCUGCAAAGUUGGGGGAAAACUCUUAUGCUGUGAAGGAAAAGAAUGUAGAAGAAGCUUCCAUCUUUCUUGUCUAGAUCCUCCCUUGGAAAAUGUUCCUCUAGGAGUUUGGCAUUGUCCAAUGUGUAUUGGAAGGAAGAUCAAAUUUGGUGUGCAUGCUGUGUCAAAGGGGUUUGAGUCCAUCUGGGAUACCAGAGAAGUAGAGAUAUCGGAUGCUGAUGGGUUGCAAAGGCGGAAACAAUAUUUUGUGAAAUAUAAAGAUCUUGGUCAUGCUCAUAAUCGAUGGAUACUGGAGAGUGAAUUGCUUUUGGAAGCCUCAAGCCUUGUUUCAAGAUUCAACCGAAGAAAUCAGUAUUCAAGGUGGAAGCAGGCGUGGGCUGUUCCUCAGCGUUUGUUACAGAAAAGAUUGUUAUUUUCUACUAAGCUAUGCGAGGAGCAUGAUAGGGAAGUUUCUGGGGUUGAAUUGAAUUGCCAAUAUGAGUGGCUUGUUAAAUGGCGAGGCCUUGAUUACAAAUGCGCUACAUGGGAGUUGGAAAGUUCUGCAUUUUUAAGGUCACAUGAUGGUCAAGGUCUUAUGGUAGAUUAUGAAAGCCGCUGUGAAAAGGCCAAGUUAGCUUCCCAUGUGUCAAAAAUUGAUAAGAUACUGGAGAGGAAAGCAACUGCUGUUGUUAACCAAUCACAGUUUUCAGAUAGAGAUACGAAUGGCUUUAAUGAUAAUUAUAUGAAUAAUGUCAACAAGCUUCGUAAGUUUUGGCAUGAAGGGAAAAAUGCUAUUGUGAUUGAUAACCAGGAUCGCGUGGGGAAGGUUAUUGCAUUCAUUUUAAGUUUGCAGCCGGAUGUCCUUCGACCCUUUCUCAUCAUUUCAACUUCCACAGCACUUGGUUUCUGGGAUGAUGAGUUAUUGCGUUUUGCACCAUCUUUCAGUGCCGUAGUAUACAAGGGAAACAAAAAUAUACGGAAAAACAUUAGAGAUCUAGAGUUUUACCAAGGAAAUUUCCCGACGUUUCAAGCUCUUAUUUGCUCCCCCGAAGUAAUGAUGGAGGAUCUAGAUGUAUUGAAAUGUAUAAACUGGGAAGUGAUAAUUAUUGAUGAAUGUCAACGCCCAACCGUUUCUUCACAUUUUGAGAAAAUGAAGAUGCUACAUGCAGAUAUGUGGCUUCUUGUUCUUGCUGGUCAGCUCAAGGAUACCAAAGAUGAUUAUCAUAACCUUCUUUCUCUACUUGAAUCAAAUGACCAAAUCCAAAGUGAAGAUACUUUGAAGACUAGUGAUUGUGAUAACAUCAGCAAACUUAAGGAGAGAUUAUCAUAUUAUACUGCAUAUACUUGCACUUCUAAAUUUGUUGAGUACUGGGUUCCUGCACAGAUAUCAAAUGUGCAACUUGAGCUGUAUUGUGCCACCCUACUUUCUAACACUGCGUUACUUUGCUCAUCAUUCAAAAAUGAUCUGCUCGACAGCAUCCAUGACAUGCUCAUAUCAACUAGGAAGUGUUGUAACCAUCCAUAUAUUGCGGAUCCUUCAAUGGCACACAUAAUCACCAAGGGGCAUCCAGAAGUGGAGUAUUUGAAUAUUGGAAUAAAAGCAAGUGGCAAGCUACAACUUCUUGAUGCAAUGCUAAUGGAAAUGAAGAAAAAGGGUUUAAGGGUGCUAAUUCUUUUCCAGUCAAUCAGUGGUUCUGGAAGGGACUCCAUUGGAGAUAUUUUGGAUGAUUUUUUGCGUCAGAGGUUUGGGCCCGAUUCUUAUGAACGUAUUGAUGGGGGUCUUAUUUAUUCCAAGAAACAAGCUGCUCUAAACAAAUUUAACAACCUAGAGAGUGGAAGAUUUUUGUUUCUGUUAGAAGUUCGUGCAUGCCUCCCCAGUAUUAAACUUUCAUCAGUGGAUAGCAUUGUCAUUUAUGAUAGUGACUGGACCCCAAUGAAUGAUUUAAGAGCCCUUCAGAGGAUAACCCUUGAUUCUCAGUUGGAGCAGAUAAAAAUUUUUCGUUUAUAUUCAUCUUGUACUGUGGACGAAAAGGUUCUUAUGCUGUCCUUGCAAAAUAGAAAUUUGGAUGGCAAUUUACAGAACGUCAGCUGGAGUCAUGCCAAUAUGCUGCUUAUGUGGGGAGCAUCUGAUUUAUUCGCUAACUUAGAGAAGUUCCAUGACAAAGAAAAAACUGCUGAUUCCUUGACAGAUACAACACUUUUGAAAGAGGUGGUCCAUGAUUUAAUAUUACUUAUGUCACAAAAUGCUGGUAGCACGAACAAGUAUGAUUCCCGUGUUAUAUUAAAAGUUCAACAAGUUGAAGGAGUCUAUUCUGCACACUCCCCACUUCUUGGUCAACUAAAAAUGCCAUCAACGGAAGAAAUGCAUCCCCUCAUAUUUUGGACCAAGCUGUUAGAUGGAAAGUGCCCGAAAUGGAAAUAUACUUCUGAUAGAUCUCUGAGGAACCGGAAAAGGGUUCAACAUUCUGAUGAUUCAUCACAGAAACCUGAACUUGAGCUUGUGGAAUCUGCGAGGAAACGUAAGAAGAUGUCAAAUAGCAAUGUAAAAGUUGCACAAGAUGGAAAUUUUAUCAAUACGGAAAAGGAAGGUCCUUCUGGAGCUCCAAAACAUACAUGUCAAACCUCUAAUAGUUCAGCUGCUUGUGAGGAUGAUCCAUACAUUGAGAAUCAACUAUCAUCCACAUCUUUGAUGGCUAAUGAUAGCUUGAAAAUUCUUGAAUACAAGUCUGUUGGAUCUGAUGGAAUAACAAAGCUGAUUGAUCUACGGAAGAGUCUUCAUCGUAUUUUGAAGCCUGAAGUUUCACAAUUAUGCCAAAUUUUGAAACUUCCAGAGAAUGUUGAAAAACAGGUGGAAAAGUUUUUUGAGUAUAUAAUGGAUAAUCAUCAUGUCAUUAUGGAACCAGCAACAACUACGUUGCUCCAGGCUUUCCAGCUAUCUCUGUGCUGGACUGCAGCUUCCAUGCUUAAGUACAAGAUUGACCAUAAAGAAUCAUUGGCACUUGCAAAGAAGCAUCUUAAUUUUGAUUGCAAUAGACAAGAGGUAUACUUGCUUUAUUCGAUAUUGCGAUGUCUCAAGAAAAUAUUCUCCAAUCAUUUGGAGUGUUACAAGGUCCCUGAAUCUUCAUUUGCUUCUGAACCCCUGUACAAUGUAUUGUCCGACAAUGAGUUUGAGAAAGCUGUAGUAAAAUGCAUUAAUAGAAUACAAAAAAAUUGUUGCAAGAAAUUUGAAAACCUUAAGCAGAAGCAACAAGAAGAAAAAGAUGAUUUUGAUAGAACUUGUGAUGAAGAGAAAUCACUGAUGGAGAAACAGUUUCGGAUGGAGUCAGCUGUUAUUCGUUCUUGCUUGCAUAAUAGUGUUUUAAUGAGAAAAAAUAAGCUUCAGGUAUUAGAAAACAAAUAUUCAAAAAAGCUUGAAGAGCACCAAUGUCAGAUAGAAAUACGACGUAAGAAACUUGAGGAAGAGCAUGUUGAUGAAAGAGAUAAGAUGCUUGCAACGGAGGCUCAUUGGGUUGAAACACUGACUUCCUGGCUCCAGGUUGAAUUAUUAAACAAGCAAAUUUUAAAUGAAACUAGGCAUGGCCGGUACAGCUUCCUGAUAACUGAGCAAUUCCAUGGUCUUGGAACUGAUACCACUGUUUGUGAUCGUCGGCCAGUAGAUAGUCGUAGUAAGUUUCUUCAUAAUGUCUCAGGGACUGGGGUGGGAGUAUCUGAGAUUCCAGGAUCUGUUUCGUGUGAAGCUAUCAUUUGCAGCAAUGCUGUUGACAAAUGUUCUCUUCAAACCAGACAUAAUGGUGAGACCACGGCUUUAGAUACCAUAGAUUCUCAAGGACCAUCUGCUACUGAGUUUGACGAUCACAACAGGAUAAAUGACUCAAAUGGCAUUCGUAGCAACACAGUUAAAAAAUGUUCUCUUCAAACUAGACCGAAUGGUCAGACUACAACUUCAGAUACCGUGGUUUCUCCAGGAUUAUCUGCUACUGAAUUUGAGGAUCACAACAGCAUCAAUGGCUCAAAUAGCAUUGGCGGCAAUGCUGUUGAAAGAGUUUCUCUUCAAACUAGACAAAAUGGUGAGACUACAGCUUUAGAUACCGUGGAUUCUCAACAACCAUCUGCUACUGAGUUUGCCGAUCACAACAGGAUCAAUAACUCAAAUGGCAUUCAAGGGAGUUUAACCUCUUUAGAAUCUUUUGCUGUGGGAAAAGAGCCUGAUGGAGUCAUCUUGAGCAAUCUGGAUAAAGAGGUUUCUACAGAAGGACUUAAUAAUGGAUGUUCUGUCAAUGGUGUAGACGUUGUCUCAGUGCAUCUGCCUACAUCAGGGGAACAGAUCUCCCAUUCAGAAGAUGUGGGUUUGGUUGAAGGUUCACAGAGAUUUCUUACAGUACCUUUGCUGCCCUCUACAGAGGGUGGGGAAAAUUUCGGUGCCAGGCAUCCUGGGAGUGAAGUUCCUAGUGGAACCUGUAGUAUUGUCAAUCCUGAUUUGGUUGUGGAUGCUGAUACCAAUCCUGAAGCAUCUCCCUGUGGUUUGAGUUUUCCAAUUGAUGAGGUUGAAAGGUUACCUGAGACUGUUAAUUUACUAGAUGUUAGGGAGAAUCUCUCUGCUGGGCAAUCUGAAUGUCAAGAAUUAAUUCCUAAUCAAUCAAUUUUAAGUCCAUCUGACAUAGAAAUUUCAUCGAGAAUGCAUACAACUGCUUUUUGUGAAGUCGGUGAUUCCAGAAACAGUUCGAAUGAUGGCAAGGACCUUUGUGAAACAUUCAAUCCUUGUGUGGUAGAAGAUACAAUUGGUAUUACCAAUCUUGAUGUCUAUUCCCACGAGCUGUCUGUGACUUUAUCUCCUGUGGAGCUUGCUGUUUCACCUACUACCCAAGGCAAUGGUACUCUGCUGUUUAAUCAGGCAGCACAUAAUGAAAUGAAUCAAGAAUCUUCAUCUACUGGGUCCAUGGAUGACAUUAUGCAUGCUACUGAAAUGGCAAUUACUAAUGGGGACACUGAAGCUCCAAUUUCAUUUGUUGCCAAUCAAUCUAAUCAGGAAGCACAUGACGAAAUGAAUCAACAACCUCCAUCUACUGAGCCCACGGAUGACAUUAUGCAAGGUACUGAAAUGGCUAAUACUAAUGGGGGCACCAAAGCAACAAUUUCAAAUGUUGUUGAUCAAUAUAAUCAGGAAGCACAAAUGAUGGAGCCUCAAACACCAAUGGUGUCAUUAGCAACAAAUUCAUCUGCUGGCUGCUUUCAGAUUAAUUUAUCUUCUGCUGGUGGAAUGGAAGAUCACAUGGGUAGGGAAGACCAUUCCUCUGCUCGGCUUCCUCAGACAGUAAGCCAGCCAGUUGAAAACCCUAUUGAGCCCAUUGAAGAAGUCUUGUUACAAUCUAUGGCAUGCACUGCACCACAUUCUACUCCCAACGUUGCCUUCAGUGAUACGAGAACAUCCUUUCUGGACUCGAGAACCAUAUCAGCUAAUUUUGAUAUUAGUAAUGGUCUCGUGCAACCAAUGCAGCCGUCAGUAUUACAAAUGCCUACUUUAUUGUACAUUGAUCCAUUUCAAAAGGAAUUGGAAAGAUUACGGAAGGAAAUGGAACAAUACAUAGAUUUACAUGAAAAAAGGAAACUGCAGCUGAAAUCUGAACGUGAGAAGGAAAUUGAGGAAUUUACUGCUCAAGUUCACAAGAAGUAUGAUGCUAAGCUGCAGGAGUCUGAGACUGAGUUAGAUCUUAGGAAGAAGGACUUUGAUGUGAAUUACCAUAAAGUUAUGAUGGGUCAGAGCUUAGGUCACGCUUUCAGGUGGAAAUCCAAUGACACCAGGGCAUGUGAUGUAGGUUCCUUCUUUGCAUCACAGAUGAUUCAACCACCUCUUCUGCAAAAUGUACCAGGGCCUUCCUUGGUAGUCCGGCCACCUUUCAAUCCAUCUAUAGUCGGUUUGCAUACAGCCAAUGCACCUUCUAUUAGUAUGCAAAGGACCGUGCCUGUGGUGAAUUUUCCAACCAACUCACCUGCCUCUAGCCAAAGUACUGCUUCAACAUCAAUGCACGCUCACCAUUCAUCCGCCCAUUACUCGAGCAAUCCAAUGAGGCCACCCCUCAUCGGCUCCAUCUCCUCCCCCUCUGGAAAUCCGUUAAUUGGUAGUGUUAUUCGUGCACCAGCUCCUCAUUUGCAACCCUUCAGACCUACAUCAAUUUCAGCUGCUAAUCCUCAUAGCAUCUCUAGUCAACAUGGACCAAGCAACCCUUCUGUAACCUCUCCCACAUUUUCUCAGCUUCCACCUCGACUUCCAGUUUCUGCGCCACAUCAGUCCAUUCUAUCUAACAGACCUUAUCGCCCUGAGAGUUCAGAACAGUUGCCUACUUUUUCUAACACGCCUUUAUCUGCAUUAGACUUGUUGAUGGAUAUGAACAGUCGUGCUGGUGUGAGUUUUCCAGUUACUUUGCCUAUGCUGGCAGAUCUAACUGUGAAUUUACAACAACCUGUCGCCCCGCCCGUUAGUACAGGUGGCACGGCAGUUAAUGCAGUUCAGACUACUGGAGACUCGGACGUUGUCUGCUUGUCAGAUGACGACUAACCAACCUGACAAAAGGUACAUUUCUGACUUUUGGAGCUCCUCAUAACUUAGGUUUGCUUGCCGCCAAGGGGGAAUGCAAAAGUUAAUAUCUGAAACUAAUGAAAUAUCGUAGAUGUAAAUGGUGAAAUACUAUCUCCAAAUGUGUAUAAUGUAAAUAUCCAUUUGUGAUUUGCCCAUGUCUACCAAGUUGAUGGUCUGGUUUUGGAUUCUCUUUGGCAGUUAGAGCAGAUUAAUUGGCUAUUUUUUGCAUCAUUUUUUGCUCAUCUUCAAAUCAAACUCAUGGUGUAGUACAUGAAGCAGGGGGGAAAUUGAAAUUGAUUCGCAAA